AUGGCCAACGACGCAGAUAUCCUCUAUGAAUUCCUUGGUGUUGACAUGACAAAGCCGCUUUCAGAGAUCUUCUCUCAGCCUUCUCCCAUCCUCAUGACUGAUCUACUGCGCUGUAUUGUAUGUCCCCAUGGUACAGAAUACACAACCCUACGCCGCAGAGAAGACAUUCAAACAGCAUACCUUGCUGUCGCUGAAUGCAAGGUCUGCCGCACACGGUAUUAUCCCGAUCGCUACGUAUACAAGGGGCCUACCCCAGGAAAUCAUCUUCAGAGGCUUCGCUGUGAUACACAGUACCUUCGCAUCUCGAAGCAUGGAGUCUGGGAGGAGGUGAUACUAAGCUUCCACUGCAGUUGGUCAAGUUUUUCAGACUGGACCAAUAGGAGGAUAAAGACCGGACGCAGUCUAACUUUCCGGCAAUCGCAGCGCCUGUUCAUCGAGCACUUCUCACGACAUCUUCUGACAUUCUCUUGUGCUGCCAAUUCAAAGACCGAUGUUCUGGUGUCAGCAGUGAGAGAAGAGAUAGGGAGAGAUGGUGGGAUCGUUCCUGGUGCCAUGGAACAUGCGUGUAUGGACUGCACCCACAAGAAGCGCUAUCGGCAGGAUUUGAUUGACGAGGGAGCCGAUUUUGGAGAGGAAGUUGGCUUGAUUGCAGGUGAAGAUGAUGUUGAAGGACUUGAGGGCUCUAGCGAAGAGAUCAACAAUACAGAGCCAGAUCUGGAAAACGGUGACUCGGAAAUUGACACUGUGGAUCAACUUUAUGCGCAAGUGCUUGCAGAGAAUGAGUUGGCACCAGAAGGACCACGGGGAUACUCACGUUUGGCUGUGAUAGAUGGCAAAACCAUGCGUCACCGAAUUUGCGCAGUGCCAGGCUGUACGGGAGCCUUAACAAACUACAAGAAAGGGAGAUUCUGUCGGGAUCAUGCUCUUGAAGGGCUUGAUGAUAUUUGUGGAAUUGUCUCCUGUGGACGGCCUGUAUCACCCCUUGGUUCGCUAACUUGCGACAAUCCUUCUCACCACACAUGGGUGCAGAGAGUCAUACGAGCACAGCAGGCUCGUGCUAUAGAUUCCCUAAUAGACUCAUCGAUGACUCCUGCGACCACUGGCAAUGUCCCAUUCCGAGUUGAGCUUCCAGAGCUCGAAGGUUUGGCUGGGAACAAGAUUGUUCACACAUUCCGAGCCAGAACCACAUAUUGUCUUCAGACAGUUCAAUGGGCUUGCGGUACACCGAUUGGAUGGGGAAAGUGUUUUACAGCAGAAAGUCCUUCACAAGUCCUCACAAUCAUCGACAAUAUCUGGAAAGACCAUUCACAGUACAAGCCGAACUUCAUCGCUUACAAUUCUUCUUGCAAGCUUCUCCGCCACAUUGUCACACAGAAUCCCUCGAAUCCAUGGAUAUCUUCAACCAAAUUCAUUGUGGAUGCUUGGCAUUACAUUGGCCAUAAGGCUACUGAUUCACUUUGCUGGUUAUGGUGUAAUCCUGUGCCAAGGAAUGGUGCUCAGCCAGACUUGGUGCUGGUUGAAAAUGACAAUGAUGGACAUCCUCAUUUGACUCGUGCAUUCAAUACAGAAACGGCAGAACAGUUCAACGCCUGGUUAAAUGGAUUCGAGGCACAGCUGUGUCAGAUGUCUAAUGUGAACUAUGACUUCUUUAUUCAUGCUCUGAUGUUGCUAUAUAAGGAGGAUAUUGGUCGGAGAAUAGAGAAGAAAGAAAGAGAAUUGGAUGAGCAGUUCUGGGAGGAUGUUCUGUAG